AUGAGUAAAAGUAAGGCAAACAAUGAGAAGGUCAAGCAAUUUAGAUGGUCGAAGCCUAUGGAACGUGUUUUACUUGAAAUUCUCGCUGAUGAAGCUAGUAAAGGAAACAAGCCUUCAAGUACAUUCAAACCCUCUUCAAUUACUCGAGUUGUCAAUACAAUAAAUGAGAAGUUUAGUGUUUGUUGUGAGCCCGACCAUGUUGAGAACCAUUUGAAGACAGUCAAAAGCAAUUGGAAGACGAUUCAAAUUGUGCGUGGCAAGAGUGGAUUCAGUUGGGAUGACAAGUUGAAAAUGGUCAUAGCUGGGAAAAAUGAAUUUGAUCAAUAUGUGGCGGUCCAUCCUUCUCAUGGAAAGUAUUUGAAUAAAAUGAUUGACAUGUAUGAUGAGAUGGCUAUGGUGGUUGGGAGAGAUAUAGCCACCGGAAGCUUUGCUAAACGGUUCGGGGACAUCGAUGCAACGAAGUUGACUCCUCACCUGUCGACUUAG